AUGGGUGUCACCACUUUCACUGAUGAAUAUACCAACACCAUUGCUCCAGCAAGGUUAUUCAAGGCAUCGAUCCUCGACUCUCACAACUUGAUCCCGAAACUCAUACCACAGGCUAUUAAAAGCAUUGAGAUCCAAGGAAAUGGAGGGGCUGGCAGCAUCAAACAGAUCAACUUUACUGAAGGAAGCACUUUGAAUUGUUUGAAGUACCGAAUUGAUGAGCUCAACGAAGAGACGUUCACUUACAACUAUACUCUGAUUCAAGGUGAUGCAUCAAUGGACAAGCAGAUUGAAUCAAUUUCUUAUGAGGUUAAGUUGGAGCCAUCUCCUAAUGGUGGAACUGUUUCUAGGAUGACAAGCAAAUAUUACACUAAGGGCGAUGUUGAGCUCUCGGAAGAGUCCAUUAAGGCUGGCAAGGAAAAGGCCACGGGAAUGUACAAGGUUGUGGAAGCCUACCUCCAGCAAAACCCUGAUGCCUAUGCAUGAUGUUCUUGUUUUGUAAACCAAUGUUUUUUGGUCCUCAAGUCUAUGGUGUGCUGUUGCAACUUCUGUUUGCUUUUUGUACGAGAAGAAAUACACCCCUGCUUAUAAUCAUGGGUGAAUAAUGAUUUUUCUUCCUCAUGAGAAAUCCUAGUCUCCCUUAGUUAUGAGAGAAAAAAUAAAAAUAAAAAUAAAAAAUUGAGGUUUGGAUUUUGAAUUUGAUUGUCAUGUGAUGUGAUAUGAAUUAGCCCCCUUCUCAACAAGUCAUGCUCAACCUAGUUCUAAAAAUUGCCAGUCUGGUGAGGCACUGGGCUACUCAUUAGUUACUAGCUAGAUUUAAUGUAAUGGCUCUAGCCACUACACUAGCAAUGCCUCUUUAUAAUUGGGAUGUAGUGUGAUAGUUUAAGUGGUAGAGCAUGUGCUGCUUGUAACCAAAGGCUCGAGUUCAAAUCCCCACUCUGUCAGUAAGUUGUUUUAACUUUCUUUUUUUUUCACCAAAAAAAAAAAAAAAAAAAAAAAAAUGCCUCUAUAUAAUUCCUUGGAAUCUUCCUUUCAGUUCGGGCCAAAUCUAAAAGUCUAAUCUACUACACGGCUCUGCAAAUAUGUGUUGCAAAAUAUAAAUUCAUCUCUUAUGAACUAAGGG